AAUAAAUGUUCUCAUUCUCCAAUUAACUCAUACACACUCCAAAUCAAAGAAUAAACCUUUCAAAUUCUCUUUGAUUUCUAUUCAAACUACCUGACACAUCACAUUUUUCAAAAUGGAGGGUCUUAUUCCUUUUGUUUACAAGGCUAUAAUGCAAUACAAGUAUGGUAAUGAAGGUGUUGCUUCAGGAACAUGGAUUUGUGAUUCACCUUCGUAUUCAUACAUGAGGCUACCGGGUGAUUCGGGUAGGUUUCAAAACCCUACUUCUGCUUCUACUUCUAGUGUUACCCAGGUCAUUUCUUCUUCUAGUGUCCAAUCUUCUCAUCAAGGAUUGACACACCGUCGAAUCGCCGCGUAAAUAUGAAGAUGAAGAUGAAGAUGAAGGCUUAAUUCAAGUGUUCCAAGUUUGUUUCUUAAGAUAGAAAUGUUGGGGAAGAAAGUAAAGGGGUCCUCAAUUCAUGCUUUUUGGUUAGUGGUAUAAAUUUGUGCAAAGUGUAAAUAUUGGUUUAUGAUGCUCCAAAAAAAUAAAUAAAAAAAAAAGCUUGUGUUAAUCUUGUUACCAAAAGGUAUAUGUAACUAUGAUGUGUUCGGUCUUAGACAAAUUAAACUGAAGAAUGUAUAUGUUGUUUUAAUGUUCUUAAUUGUGAUUUCAAUACUUCUUUAUAUAUUAUUCUUC